AUGGCGGUACCUCUAAAAAUUUAUCCAACUUCCGAUGAAUGUCGUAUCAAAAACAAAGUAACUUGCCCUGUGGAAACCUGCAAGCAAACAUUCACUUCAGAAUCGAAUUUGAAUUUGCACUCGUGGAAAACCCACAAAACUUUCGAGCCUGCCAGCAGUUCUGUGGAAAAAUGGUACUUCUGUCCAGAAACCAAUUGCCAAUGGGGUGACGUGAACCAUUUUAAAAGCAUGAAACCUCUGAGACAGCAUUUUCUGAAAAUGCAUUCGUCAAAGAUUCACAGUUGCGCAUUGUGUCAAAAGGCUUUUCCAACUGAAAUGAUGCGGGCAAAUCACCAGAAGUUUUGCAAUGUUCUGUUCACAUGCCUUGAUUGCAAGGUUUCCUAUAACUGCUAUGAAACUUUGAAGACUCAUUGUCGAAGGAAAAAACAUAAAUUGUUAAACAAGGCUGAUUAUAUUAGAAAAUCUUGCAUGGAAACAGCAACAAGUGAAAUAAUGCUUGUUAAGCCCAGGCCAAUACUGCCUAAAAAAUCCACUAGCCAUGAAGACAUUAUCUUUGUUGAACUUAAAAGAAACAGUCAAGACAAGCAAACUGAAACCAAUCAAAUUUUGAUAACUCAACAUACUCAAACUGGAUCAAAAAACCAUGUAGAAACUCAAACAGUGGAAACCAACAAGAUAAAAUGUGAUAAUAAAAACAUGAAAACCCAAACUGACUUGGUACAAUCAAGGGAAACUUCCUGCAACACCUCAUUCGAUCUAAACGAUUUUGCAUUUACUUUAAACGACAACAUAGAAAAAAGCACCCAAACAUAUGAAAACCUUCUCAACAACAUCUCUGUAACAACUCACACAGACACAUCAGAUUUGUUAACCGACUUUGAUGCAAAUUUCUUCAAUUGCAACAUGGAAACUCAAACAGAUUUGAUGUUUGAAAACGAAAUAUUUAAUUCCGAUUACUAUUCCAACAUGUAUACGCAAACUUGUGACGAAAUACUAAGCGACUUGAAUGGUUUGGCUGACAUCCAAACUCAAACCGGUUUAAAUGAAAGUUUAAGAUCUGUGGAAAGCCAGACUUUGAUGUCCAGCGCUGAUAGACUUUGUCCUAAUAUUUUAAAGGACAUUGUGCAUUCUGAGACACAGACAGAUGCUGAAUACAGGCAGAUUAAAAAUUUCACCAUGUCGAUUCGUCCUCAUCGUACCAUUGGAUCCCUAGAAGUAACAUUCACCUUUGACAAAAUUUCAACCAUCAAAGAGUCUGAAAAAAUACUCUCCGACAAAUUCUAUCUGGGCACGACUUCCUGGCAUUUGUACAUAAGAAAAACAAAAAACGAUAAAAAUGUGGCCCACCUUGAAGUUGGUCUGGAAAAAGUUGACAACAAUGAGGAAAAUAAAUUCUCCUACAUAGUGCAAAGGGAGUUUAUACUGUUGUCAAACAACACAAGGAGGAAUGUGGUCAAGGGAGGCUUUCUAACAACACAAAAGUUGUACGGCAAAAGGCAGGGCGAAAUUAUGGAGAUGGGUUAUCCCAGCUUCAUUGCCUGGUGCAAUUUGAUGAAUCCAGUGAUGGGUUACACCGAUAAGAAUGAGGACGACGAUAUUCAGAUUACUUUGAAUAUGAAUUUGGAGAAAGUUUUGAGACACAAGGAGGUGUGCAAGUGCGGAGCAUGUUAA